AUAGCGCCCUUUCCGCGAGCGCGUGCCCGGAGAUAUUGCCUUUUUUCGCUAGCCAUUUUGAUCUGAUACGUUCGCAGCAGCGGCGUCAGGGACUGGAGAUCUCGAUAGACUGAGUGCCCGCUCGAUAGAUUGAGUGCCCGCUCCCUCCUCUAUAGUGGGGGAAGAUGCUGCUCCGCGCAAUUCCCCCGAUCUCCCCAACAGCGCCGGGGACUCGUGCGGCUUGCGCGCACGGGGACGAUGGCGCGUGCCGCUCGACGCACGCUCUCCCGCAUUUGCCGGCUCCGCGCAAAGCCGGGAGCUUCGCACACCCUCAGAACUUCACGCUCGCGCGCUCAGUGCGCAGCGUGAAGCAACCGCGAGAACAAUUUCCACGUGUCGCUGCCACGCGAGCUGCUGACGUGGACGCGACGCCAAGCGACGACGGCAGCAAUAACAGCAGCAGCAGGCGGGAAGGGUAUGAGGAGGAGGAACAGGGAGUACAGGGGGGAGCAGUAAGGACUACUGGUGAGCUGUACGCGGCUGAGUACGACACGGUAUUGGCACAACUAGAUUCUCUCCCCCCAAGUGAAGCCACCCGGUUUAAUCGCGUCCUCCACAUUCUGUCGGUCAAAUACCCCAGACGCCACGUCAGCAUGGGCUCUAUCGCGAGUCAGAAUCUUCUGUUCCUCGUCCACCUAUCAGGAGGCGCCCUUUCGGAUAAGCAGCUUCUAACUAUUUUUUUUAGGAACCCCUCGCUUUUCCAGACAGAUUUUUACUCCCUCACCAGCCAGAAGACGGCUUUAUUUAAUGAGUACGGAAUCUCGUCGCUUAGUCUUCUACGCGCCGCGACUCGCGCGUGCGUCUUCUCGGUCUCGGAGGAAACCCUCGCAGCGGCUUUGCACUUUUUACGGCACGAUUUAGGGGUUAAGAGAAUAGACAAGGUCGUCCAGAGUUUUCCGUUCGUUUUGAACCUGACCGUACCGACCCUAAAAGAGAAGGUUCGGCAACUGGAGCUCGCAGGUUUGGCACCGGUUGCGGAUAUUAUCGAAACUUCCCCUUUCGUUUUGGGGGGUAGAGCGUCAGAGAUCCAGCGGAAGGUACUUCUGAUCCAGUCGAUCCUGGGUGAUUAUAACGGGGAUAAACUGUACUAUCUGCGGCGGUACCCGCAGCUGCUUUUAGUGAAGCACGAGACGACGGAAGCGACUUAUAAAGGGAUGGUGGAGUAUUUUGGCGAGGAACAAGCGCGCCGAUUCUUGUUGCGUCAGCCGCUGCUGCUGGGGCAAAAUUGGGACAGCAUGGUUGUGACUCUAACGAAUCUGAUUAAAUCGUUUGGGCGGGAGGACGCGGUUCGGAUGAUGAAUCAGAUGCCGUUGAUAAUCGCGUUCGCGUGGGAGACGCUAGAAUCGAAGAUUCGAUUCGUUGUGGAGGAUAUGGGGCGGGGGCUUGCCGACGUGGCGAUGUGGCCGGCGCUGCUGACGCGGAGUGUGGAUAAGAGGCUCCGUCCUCGUUACAAGCUGCUGCUGGAAGCGGGUAAGGCGCACAAGUAUGGGCUUGGGUACAUGUUCGGGUGCAAAGAUGUGGAUUUCGAGAGGAGGUUCGGCCUGAAGCUGGCUCAAAACCGAGGGGAGGAGGAAGAGGAGGGGAGGAAGGAGGGGGGAGUGGAGGUAAGGCAGGGAGAGGAGGGAGAGGCGGGCGAGGAGGGAGAGGAGGGGGAGGAGGGAGAGGAGGUGGUAGUGGUUAAGGCAACAGGGGAGGAGGGAGAGGCGGUGGUGGUGGUGGUGAAAGGAGUGGGAGUGGGAGUGGGAGGGGAUGAGGAGGGGGGGGAAGUGGUGGUGGUGGUGAAAGGAAUAGAGGAGGGGGAGGAUGAGGAGGUGGAGGGAGGCGGGCAAGAGGAAGGCAAGGGGGCUCUGGAGACAGCUGGUUCACGAAGUGCUACCAUGAAGCAAACUCCUGGGGGGGAGGGGGAGAGAUGAGGGAAGAGAGGAGAGGUUGAGGCAAAAACUUGCAGAGACUAUUGGGCCGAGGUGCUCUACCGAGGUUGUGGAAAUACACCCUUAGGGUGACUGGUUGGUGGAUGCUAGGCAUGGUGAUUGGUUUGUAGAUGGGUUAGGCCCAUCCAAUAGAUUUGGUCCGUAGCUCCGGCUCAUCCCCAUUAUUGUUAGCUGCGUUUCAGAACUCUGUUUCCGAGCAUCAGUG